AUGAUAAUAAAACGGCAUCUGAUAAACUACUAUUAUAUAAUUAAUAAUAACAAUAAUGGUUCUUUUUUGUUUGGAAAGAAUGUAAGAAAUGUAAGCAAUUAUAAAAAUCAUGGAAAUGCAUUAUUUUAUAAUAAUGUGGGAAUAAAUAAUAUACACACUUAUAAGAAAUAUUCUGUGUCAGGAGGAAGAGAUUUUUUUUUUUUAAACCAUAAAAGUGGAAGAAUGACAUGUUAUUAUAAAAGUAUGGGUAUAUAUAAAAAUAUUAAUAAUAAGGAUGGUGAUAAUAAUAGUAAUAUAAAAUAUUCAAUUAUGAGAAAGAGGGGAAAAAAUAUAUUUAAUAAUAUGAUAAAUAAUUAUGCGAAUAAAAGAUGCUUUAGGUCCUAUUUAUUUCAUACAGAUAAAAAAUCGAUUAUUGAUAAUAUAAAAGAUAAAUUUAAUGAAGUGUUUGCAAAAAGGAUAGGUGGAAAUAAUACCACCACCAACAAUAAUAAUAAUAGUAAUAAUAAUAGUAAUAGUAAUAGUAAUAAUAAUAGUAGUAAUAAUGAUAAUAAUAAAAGUAAUAGUAACAAUGUAUCGUCAUUAAAAGAUUUAUUUAAUAUUUUAAAAAAAGAAAGGAAAUAUUUAGGGUUUGCUAUGUUUUGCUUAAUAAUAUCUUCCUUAGGACAAAUGGUAUUCCCAAUGUGUAUAAGUAGAAUAAUAAAUAUGUAUGGUGGCAAAGAAGAAUCAUUAAAAUAUUUAACAAAUGAAAUUUAUAAAACUGUGUUAUUAAUAUUAGGUAUAUCUACUUUCAGUUUCUUUAGAAUAUAUUUUAUAGAAACAUCUAUUGAAAAAAUAACAAGAAGAUUAAGAACACAUUUUUUUGAAAAAGUAUUAAAUCAAGAUGUAGAUUUUUUUAAUAAACAAAAAACAGGAGAAUUAAUAAAUAGAUUAUCUAAUGAUAUAGAAAUAUCAUCUAAAUUUUUAAUACAUUUAUCAUUUGGUAUAAGAAAUUUUAUAUCAGCAUUAAUAGGUGGUAUAUGUGCCUUACAUAUAUCUCCAAGAAAUUUAUUUCAAUCGUUUCUAUUACCUGUUUCUGGUUGUUUAUUAAUAGGUACAUCAUAUGCAAAAUUUGUAAAAAAAAUAAGUGUUUUAAAACAAGAAAAACUUAGUUCAUGUAUUGAUUUUGCUUCAGAAAAAAUUCAUAAUAUUAGUAACGUACGUUUAUUAAAUGGUGAGUCAUAUGAAAAAAAAGAAUUUAUAAAUUAUUUAGAAGAUGUAUAUAAAAUAGGAAAAAAACAUUCAUUAGUAAAAUCUGGGAACCAUUUUUUAUUUUUUAGUAUUAUCUCUUUAUUUUUAUUACAUUUAAUAUAUUAUGGUAAUUAUUUAAUAGCACAUAAAUUUAUAAAUACAGGAGACUUAUUUUCACUCAUAAUGUAUUCAUUGUUUUGUGGUAGUGGCAUACAAGGAAUGAUGCAUGCCAUUGGAGAUAUACAAAAAUGUUUAGGCUCCUGCUCAAAAGUAUUACAAAUUAUAAAUUUGCCUGAUAAUAAUUUUCAAAAUUAUUGGAAUAAAACAUCCAUUGAUUUUUUAAAAGGUAAUAACUUCUCAAUCACAUUUGAUAAUGUUUCUUUUUCAUACGAUAAUAUAAAGGAAAAUAUAAAUAAAAAUGUAAAUGAUAAUAUAAAUAAAAAUGUGAAUGAUAAUAUAAAUAAAAAUGUGAAUGAUAAUAUAAAUAAUAAUUGUAAUAAAAAAUUUGCCUUGAAAAAUGUUUCAUUCUUUUUACCUCAUAACAAAUCUGUUGCUAUUGUUGGAAAAAGUGGUAGUGGAAAAACAACCAUUUUGAAUUUACUCACCAAAAAAAAUGACCUGAACGGGUCAGGCAAAAUUUGUGUGGGAAAUAUUCCAAUAAAUAAAAUUAAUUCUGCAGUGUUACGAUCAAUUGUGGGUGUUAUAACUCAGGACCCAUUUUUAUUUAACUUGACUGUGCGUGAGAAUUUGAUGUAUCCUUAUAAGGCAUAUGAGGAGAUGUUAAAAGAUCAGAUAAGAUUAAUAGAAGAGAAUCAAGGAGGGCUUAUUAAAAAUAUAAUGAAUAAUGAAAAUAUAAAAAAAGAAAAUAACGAUGGUAAUAAUACAAUUAAUAAUAAAUAUGACCAUGAAGAAUAUAUUAAUAAAAAUGAUAGGAAAUAUACAUAUGAAAUAUAUACUUUUUUAUUAAAAGAAUUACAAAAGAUACAAGAAGAAAUAAAGAAUAAUUUAUCUUCUGAUAAAAUGAAAAAUAUUUAUAAUGAUUUACAUAUUGAUGAAUUUUUAAAAAAUCAUUUUAAUUACGACAACAUGAAUGUUGGUGUUAAUGGCACAUCCUUAUCAGGUGGACAAAAACAAAGAAUAUAUUUAGCACAGAAUUUAAUUAAGAAUAAUAAAAUAUUAAUAUUAGAUGAACCUACAUCUUCUCUAGAUAAACUAUCAGAAAAUAUUAUAAAUAAAGCACUAAUUAAAUAUAUGAAGGAUAAAACAACUAUUAUCUUUACACAUAGAUUAGACUUAUUGAAUUAUGUUGAUUAUAUAGGAGUAAUAGAACAGGGUCAAAUAAUUCAAUUCGAUAAAAGAGAAAAUGUACUACAAAAACCAUGUCCAAUAUUAAAAAAUAUACUUACACAAGGUGUCAGUGAAUAA